UCAGAUGUGGGUCUAUGCUGAACAAAAAUAAGAGGGAAGAAAACAUUCUUGAAGGGCAAGUUCUUUCGCUUCAAAAGAAAAUGGAAGGAUGGAUUGAGUUUGAAUAAUCCAAACCAGUCGAACCAGCAGAUUAGAGUGCCUUAACAAUAUAGGACUCGCUGCCCUGCCCCCAUUUUUCGAGUGUUGAUCUAUAAAAAUUUUUGGUGAGUUAACAUCACAGUUUAAUGGCUUCAUUGCUUGGCAUCACCAGAUCUGUUACAUCUUUCCCUUUCCGGUUCUGGGUCGCUCUUUAUUAGUUUAUUUAUUCUUUAUCCAAGUAAACUAAUGAAAUCUCUACGUCGAAUUGCCAUCGUCCUCCGUCCAAAACCUGCAAACUCUGGAUUCUGAAAUUCAAACUACAUCCCAGAAGCUUACUUUGGGAACCCCUGCUUCAAAGCAUUUACACCAGUAAGGAAAAUAUGAUACCGAUCAAAAAACAAAGUGCGGAAAAUAUGAAGUACGCGCGCUUUUCCAAGACUACCACAUGGUAAAAUUGAUAGCAACUUCUAACAACCCCCACCUGGCUAGCUGGUCCAGGAACAUGACUAGAAGGUGCAACAAGUGUGAACACUUGGCUCAGCUCAGAGAAGCUCUUUGCAGCAAACCCUAAGGGAAGCCCGGACAGGGAAGAUGGAGAAAGGAGUUUUAGUUCUUGUACCAUUUCUCAGAUCUCUGUCUCUAGUGCUAUUUGGGUUUGCUGUUCUUGCCGUCCGAAGCCAAGAUAGCCCACUUACACCAGCCAUGUUCAUCUUUGGAGAUUCAUUGAACGAUGGUGGCAACAAUAACUAUAUACCCAGCAUUGCACGAGCAGAUUACUUGCCUUACGGGAUUGAUUUUGGUUUCCCAACUGGUCGGUUCUGCAACGGCCUCACCGUCGUCGAUUAUGGUGCUCGGUUAUUGGGCUUACCGCUUAUACCACCAUAUUUAAGUCCACUAUCAAAAGGAAUGAACAUCUUGAAAGGAGUCAACUAUGCAUCGGCAGCGGCUGGAAUCCUCGACGAAAGCGGCAAGAAUUAUGGAGCACGAAUAACCUUUGAUGGACAGAUAGCAUUAUUUGAGAAGACUGUGAAGCACGACUUACCGCCAUUGUUCCAGAGCCUCGAGGCCCUAUCCAGGUACCUUGCAAAAUCAGUUUUCAUCGUCACAAUCGGUAGCAAUGACUACAUCAACAAUUACCUCAACCCCACCAUCUCCAACAGUAGCCAAAUCUACAGCGGAGAAGAAUUUGCAGAUCUCCUCAUCAGGGCCUUAUCUCAACAACUAACGAAAUUGUAUGGUUUGGGCGCCAGGAAGAUGGUUCUGGGGGGAGUUGGCCCAAUUGGAUGCAUACCCGAUCAACUAUCCAAAGGAAAUGGCAAGAAUGGUUGCAUUCAGCGGAUCAACGACUUGGCAGUUUUAUUCAAUGAUCGUCUCAUGCGGCUAGCAAGCAGCCUCAAUUCCACCCUUCCAGGCUCAUUCUUUGUAUAUCAUAACAUAUUUGACGUUUUCUAUGACAUGGUCAUCAACCCUAAUGAAUACGAGUUUACUGUACCAAACAAAGCCUGCUGUGGGAAUGGGAGGUAUGGAGGGGCUCUGACUUGCCUUCCUCUACAGCUGCCAUGCUCGAGUAGAAACCAGUACAUUUUCUGGGAUUCCUUCCACCCAACCCAAGCUGUCAAUGCCAUUGUUGCCAACAGGGGCUACAGCAAGUCUGCAACUGAUUGCUACCCAAUCAGCGUCUACCAGCUGGCACAGAUAUAAAAAAUGAAAUGUGGAGAAACAAGCAACUACUGUAUAUGCAAUGACAGAAUGACUGAUUGGAAAUUGGAAUACAGGAUAACAAGAUUGUGCAUCAUAUUUUCCAUCCACCCAAUCUAUUUUCUUAAAGCUGCGUUUGCUUGGUUCCUGUUAGUUUUUGCUGAAAAAAAAAACAGAGGUACUGAUCAGAAGUACCUUAAUGCUAAAAAAAACACUUGGCAAGUCAUUGCUUCUUCAGGCCAACCAUCUUUACUAUAUAAUGCUAAUAUCUGCCUUGGCCUCGUAUCCAGACAACCAUCCAAAAACUCUAGUCUAUUUAUUUUCUUAUUGCCACUACCUCCCCUCUCUCCUCUUGUACGUGGCAUUCAACUAGUCCUAAGUAAAGCAAUGGCAAUGCAAUUCUAGCUGGACCAUCAACAGUAGAAGCCACCAGAACAACUCAAUGUGUUAAAUAUGGCAAAAGCAACCCCCUUCCCUGAAAAAUAUGGAAGUUUACUUAAUUCAUUACUUUUUGUUUGUUAAUGAAAAUCAAAUUCAAGCUUCUAGGACAAGAUCAUCCUAUUACAUCCCCAAAGAGAAUAUAUUUAAAUUGGCCUCUGGAAGCAACCAGUACCAAUAAAUAUAAUUCUUUAUCUUGUACAAUAGUUAGCCUUCUUGGUUCAUUUCAUGAUAUCCUUUUCCUCCAACUGUUUCUGCAUGGUAAUUUAUAUUCUUCAUAUUGGAGUUCAAUGAUGUCAGUUUGUGCGUGUGUGUACUAAUUUGGGGUUAGUCCAUCUAUGACACAAUGUAUGUCCCUUUGACUAGGUGCAGAACACCUCUGUAUUCGACCAGAAGCAUUCAACUAGUUGGCAGACUUGGAUUGGCAACAAAGGUCCAAAAUUCAUUCUUCUAGACUGAGAAUCAGCAAUGAAGCACUAGAAUUCUGAGGAAGAAAUAUUUGGUCUAGG